AUGGCGGGCCGCGACAAUAGUGAUGGGCAGCUGACGCACGUGAUACACCACGUGCAGCCGGUCACCGAGGCGCAGGUGAGCGUCCACCAGGUGCACCAGGGCAGCGGCAGCGGGAAGAGACACCAGAUAAUCAUCGACAUCAAGCAAGAUAUCGAUAUCAGUGAGAUGUCCACCAGAUCUUUGGCUGAGAGCGUCAUGGAGUCUCUGGGAGCGCGCUCAGCCGCUGUAUACAUCGAUAACGCACAAAUACCCGUACAGAACUCAACUGACAUGGAAUCUCUGACAACUGUCAAUGUCAUUGUCGCCAACGAUUUGACACAGACCGCCAGCCCUGAGGUGACAGAAGUUGUGGAGGACUCGCCAGCGGAGAGUCCGGGGAUCUUGCCGGGGAAUAGAAUAGCUGUGGACAGAAUCGUAGAGAUGACCACGUCCACACCAAACGAAACAUCGACCUCGACAUCGAUAACUACAACGGCCACCACUACUGCCUCAGGUAUUACUCGAUCAGCUUUUAAUAUAGGGAUGUACUAA